AGGCCAAGUGCCACAAUGUGUGACAUUCGAGGACGGAGAGGUGGAUAAAGACCUCGGCCAGGAGACCGUCCCGCGCUCUGCUCUGCCUCCCUUAGCCAGCCGCCGGCUUCACCCUCACCUCAGCGCCAUGGCGCCCAAGAAGCCCGAGCCUAAGAAAGCCGAACCCAAGAAAGAAGAGCCAAAGGCCACGCCCAAGCCUGCUCCUUCGACCGAGGCAGAACCCCGGAAAGAAGUAGCCUUCAACCCAGCUAAUAUCAAAGUUGAAUUCUCGAAGGAACAGAUUGACGAGUUCAAGGAAGUCUUUGAGCUCUUUGACCGCACUCCCAAGGGUGAACAGAAGAUCACCUACGCGCAGUGCGGAGAUGUCCUGAGGGCCUGCGGCCAAAACCCCACUCAGGCUGAAGUUCUCAAGGUUCUCGGAAGGCCCAAACCAGACGAGAUGAACCACAAAAUGAUCGACUUUGAUACUUUCCUGCCAAUGCUCCAGCACGUUGCCAAGACGCAAGAAACCGGGACGUUUGAGGAUUUUGUGGAAGGCCUGAGGGUUUUCGACAAGGAAGGCAACGGGACGGUCAUGGGAGCCGAGCUCCGCCAUGUUUUGGCUACAUUGGGAGAACGCCUGAGUGAGGAGGAGGUGGAUAAAUUGAUGGCCGGCCAGGAAGAUUCGAAUGGUUGCAUCAAUUACGAAGCGUUUGUGAAGCAUAUCAUGGCAAGCUGAACCCCAGGGUAUGAGGAUCGCAGCCGGGAGUGGAGUUUGGAUUUCCUCGGAGGCGCAGGAAUGUCUUUGCUGUUUCCCAUCAGGAUUUAGGCUAUUUAACCUCCCCCCCCCAUCUUGCUUCCUCUCUCCUGGACCUCUGUGCCUUGGGCCCUGUGGCUCCGACCGGCUCUCUCAUCUCUACCUCCUCCCCCCCCCUUCAGGACCUCAGGCUCCAUCAUCCCUUCCCCUCCAGAGCUAGCCAGGGGCUGGAACAAUGACUCUGGGGAUGUCAGAGGUGUCACUUUGUGGACUGCAAAUCCCACAAUCCCCUCCACCAGCCAGCCAGCCACUUGGGGGAUUCUGGGAGCUGUCCUCCAAACAAACUAUGGCCAGCUACUCCAUCCAUUUGCUCUCCGUCCAGCCCAUUCGCAAGGCAGGCUUAGACACCUAGCCUGCUUUCUCCACAGCGGUACCCCGUGUCAGGAACAGCCAUUUAGCUGUUCAGAAAAGCCUUCUCCUGAGCUUGGGGGGCAGGAGAGGGUUCCAGCCCCAUCUACGCUCCUCUACUUUUCACAGGGCUCUUGGAAAGUCUUUGGUACCGAGUCCCGAGUUCGAAUCCCUAAUAAAAACAAGCUUUUCCCCCACAGAAAAAAAGGGAGAGGUGGGUGGGUUCUGAGAGAGGAGUGAAAUCAGAACCAUUGAAAACCAACCAACCAACCCUGAGUUCAAUUUAUGAGUCGAUUCAUCAGUUCUACUUAAGUCCAACUUGACAGUGUUUUCUCCUCCCUGGCUUUCCAUGGGUACAGAAGGUGGCUGCUAUUUUCAAGAGUUCCAGCGGGACCCCGGGAUGCAUGCAGCCCCUCCAUUGUGCUCCUCGGUGGCCGAGCCAAGAGCGAGCGAGAAAAAAAAAGACAUCCAAAAAACCAGAGAUUCAGGUUGAAGAGCGCUAUUCAUUCUGCGCAGACAAGACGAGACCUCUGGAAUUACCCCCCUCUUCAUUGUAAUGUUUCCAAUUAAAUGAAUCCUUUUUCUGUGAAAAUCUUUAGGCAUCA